CGGAUCUAGAAACCAGCCAACAAAGAGCUACAAGCACCCUCAAAGGAACCCGAGAUUAAAGAUGGGUCGCAUUUUACAAAAAAGGAAGAAUCGCUCAGGCGCUCCAAGGGUGAAGCAAAGAGCUAACCGGCUGAAAAAUGGGAACAAGAAAAUUAACGUCCUGGGGAACGCUAUCAUCGCGCAGAACUGGGAUAAAAAAUUAACCCUAACCCAAAAUUACCGCCGACUUGGCUUAGCAUCCCAGCUCAACGCCCCGACUGGCGGCGCGGAGAAGAAGCUCGCGGAUUUGUCGUCGGGCCAACAACAUACAGACUCUUUACAUCUCCUACCCUCCUCAACAAUCCUGAAGAUGAUAAAACCUACCGAAGCGCGCGUCGAACGAGAUCCAGAAACAGGGAGGAUUCUCCGCGUGAUUCACCCAGAGAACGACGACGAGGUUGAAAUUGCGGGGCGAAAGCGCCGGAAAGCAAACCCACUAGAAGAUCCGCUGAAUGAAGUUGGCCAAGCUGGUCUCGGUAAUCCGUCCAUGAGUAUCCCAGGUAGCAUGUCCUCGUCGGCGAUAGUUCAAGCGCUGGAACGCCAAGCCGCUUUGGAAGAGGAGGCCUUGAAGAAGAAACAACCCAGACAGCAGAGCAAGCGCGAGGAGGAAUGGCUAGGGAGACUAGUGGCGAAGCAUGGUGAUAAUAUCGGUGCAAUGGUUAGGGAUAGGAGGUUGAAUCCUAUGCAGCAAACGGAGGGGGACAUAAAACGGAGACUGAAGAAAUGGAAGGAGAAGCGGGGAGCUGCCUAGCGGGGGAGCGGUUACCAAUGUACGAGAGAUGUUUGGAGAUUUAGAAGGACGGGAGAACUGGAUUUGGUUUGGCAUGGCGUUUUACGGAGUUGGGACUUUUCGUUUUUCAUCAGCAGAAUCUCGACCUUUUUCCUUUUUCCUCUUCUGUCGGCCAUAGACAUGAUCCCGUCGUAUGCGUCUUUUUGGAGCUGCUAGCUUCAUGUUUACUGGACACCUUGGCCGAUGCGGUAAUUGUGCCAGUUAAUAUUGGUUCUUCGUACCUAAUUAUAGGUGCUCACGAAUCCAGCCCUGGAGGUAUGCGACGUUCCGCUUUGGUCAUGGCUACUCGAGUAUCGUCUUCGCAGUUGACAUCUUUGUUACCGUUGGUACUCUGUGUGAAUACCGUUAGUAUUGAGAUACAUCUGCACUCCCCUUCGAAGGGACUUCAUUUCCACGGUCUAUUCUACAUAAUGACGAGGCAUGUGCAUAUCCUGUCUCACUGUACCCAAGGGUGACGGAUAGCUCGAAUGACUCCCUUCGCCACGGGCAGUUGCCACUAGACAUAGCGGAGUGGACUUGGAAUAAUGAAAGGUUAUAUGAAAUAAUUGAAAGCGACGAAACUCCCUAAUGACUUUCAACCGUUUUCUCCUUUCUCUUUGGUUUCGGGAAAAGGAAUCAAAGGCAUUAUGUGGGCUGCCUUGAACGUGCACGUCCGAAUACGCAUCCAGCCAUCCAUGUAUAAAGAGAGUGAAAUAACACGGUUCGCCUUACCGCAUUCACAAUUAAUAUGCCUAUUACAGUGAAAAAAUAUAUUAGUUGUUUAUAAUUUCCAGGACUUGUCCUUUUUCUUUCCCUUCAAGUUCAUAAUAACAUAGCCAUAAGAAGUUGGAAUUCGAAUUAUUGCUCCUCUUCUAAUCAAGCCGCGCUCUAUUCUACCUCUCUCUUCGCUAUUUGGUACCCCUUCGGCAUUUAAAACACUUCGCGCUCUCUUUUGGUAUUCUGACGCCGGGUUCCAACAAGACGCUGACGCCCCAAAUGCCUAAGUUAUCAGCGACUCGGGUUCUCGGGACCCUUUUACUGCUUUCUCACCUGUCCAUCGCACAGAUUGAAUUUUCAUUUCCAG